AUGAUCUUCAUCAAUUCACGGCUUCAACUUCGAUUUCGGCCCCAAAUCGCGAGAGAUCGAGAGAGAGAGAGAGAGAGAGAGAGAGAGAAACCCUAACCAGCGAGGGUUUUGGCAAUGGAUUCCACGGACGUUGAGAUUAAGAAGACGCAGGAGGAGCGGCGGAAGUUGGAGGAGCAGCGUGCAUCACUGACUUCCCUCACCUUCGAUGCCGAUCUCUAUGGAGGAGAGGGCGUUGAUCGCUUCCAGGGCUACGAGCUUUCCAUCCCUGUCACUGAGGAGGAGGAGGAAGCCGACGGCGACCACUCUGGCCGCGACCUCGCCCGCCGCAUGGCCUCCUUUACUGGCCCCAGUGCCCUCUCUGAGGUCCCCCGCGCUUCCGAAGAGGAUUCCGGCUUCAGGAAACCCCAGCGUAUCAUCGAUCGUGAGGAUGAGUAUCGGAGGAAGAGGCUUCAACAGAUGAUUUCUCCAGAUCGAAAUGAUCCCUUUGCUUCUGGAGAAGCCACCCCUGAUCCGUCGGUCCGGACCUACGCCGAUGUUAUGCGGGAGCAGGCGCUCAAACGCCAGAAGGACGAGAUUUUGCGGGAAAUUGCGAAGAAGAAGGAGGAGGAGAAGAACAAGGUCGCAGCCGAGGUGGCAGCGGCUCCUCAGAAGAGGAGGAACAGAUGGGAUCAGUCUCAGGAACCAGAACCCGAAGCCAAGAAACCAAAGAGUAGUUCUGAUUGGGAUGCCCCUGAUUCCACCCCGGGAAUUGGUCGCUGGGAUGCAACGCCAACUCCUGGAAGGGUUGCUGCUGAUGCGACUCCGUCCGUUGCUCGCCGGAACCGUUGGGAUGAGACACCAACGCCUGGACGACUUGCUGAUGCUGAUGCUACCCCGGCUGGCGGGGUUACUCCCGGUGCUACUCCUGCAGGCAUGGCAUGGGAUGCGACCCCUAAGUUGGGUGCUAUUGCCACACCUACACCAAAGCGGCAGAGGUCGAGGUGGGAUGAGACUCCAGCUGCUGUUGGCGCUGCCACUCCACUUCCUGGAGCUGCAACACCUGCAGCUGCUUUCACCCCUGGUGUCACUCCAAUUGGCGGUGUCGACCUUGCCACCCCAACCCCUAGUGCCAUCAAGUUCUCGGGUGCCAUCACUCCUGAGCAGUACAACCUUCUUCGAUGGGAACGGGAUAUUGAGGAAAGGAACAGACCACUUACUGAUGAAGAGCUUGAUGCGAUGUUCCCUCAGGAAGGCUACAAGGUUUUGGAUCCACCUGCAUCUUAUGUCCCCAUUAGAACCCCUGCAAGGAAGCUGUUGGCUACUCCCACACCGCUGGGAACUCCUCUUUAUGCUAUUCCUGAAGAGAAUAGGGGUCAGCAGUUUGAUGUCCCAAAGGAGGCUCCCGGAGGCCUGCCAUUCAUGAAACCGGAGGAUUACCAGUACUUUGGAGCUCUCUUGAAUGAAGAGGAGGAAGAGCAGCUCAACCCUGAGGAGCAGAAGGAACGCAAGAUCAUGAAGCUGCUUCUUAAAGUCAAGAAUGGCACGCCACCACAGAGGAAAACAGCACUACGGCAGCUCACUGACAAGGCCAGAGAGUUCGGGGCUGGCCCACUAUUCAACAAGAUCCUUCCUUUGCUUAUGCAGCCGACUCUGGAGGACCAAGAGCGCCACCUCCUGGUCAAAGUCAUUGAUAGGGUUUUGUAUAAACUUGAUGAACUAGUUCGUCCUUAUGUCCAUAAGAUUCUCGUGGUCAUUGAACCCCUUUUGAUUGAUGAGGACUACUAUGCUCGUGUGGAAGGGCGGGAGAUCAUCUCCAAUCUUAGUAAGGCUGCUGGUUUGGCUACGAUGAUUGCUGCAAUGAGGCCGGAUAUUGACAACAUUGAUGAAUAUGUGAGGAAUACUACUGCAAGGGCUUUCAGUGUGGUGGCUUCAGCUUUGGGGAUUCCUGCCCUCUUACCAUUCUUGAAGGCUGUUUGUCAGAGCAAGAAGUCAUGGCAGGCUAGGCACACUGGUAUUAAGAUUGUUCAGCAGAUUGCCAUUCUCAUGGGAUGUGCGGUACUGCCGCAUUUGAAAUCAUUGGUUGAGAUUAUUGAACAUGGACUCAGUGAUGAAAAUCAGAAGGUGAGGACGAUUACUGCAUUGUCACUUGCGGCACUUGCUGAGGCAGCUGCACCUUAUGGCAUAGAAAGCUUUGAUUCUGUGUUGAAGCCUCUGUGGAAGGGUAUCCGAUCUCAUCGUGGCAAAGUUUUGGCUGCAUUCCUGAAGGCCAUUGGUUUUAUUAUUCCUCUCAUGGAUGCUGUUUAUGCUAGUUACUACACAAAAGAAGUGAUGUUCAUUCUGAUCCGUGAGUUCCAAUCUCCAGAUGAAGAAAUGAAGAAAAUUGUGCUGAAGGUGGUCAAGCAGUGUGUGAGUACUGAAGGUGUGGAGUCUGAUUAUAUUAGAAAUGACAUUCUACCUGAGUUCUUCAGAAAUUUCUGGGUUAGGAGAAUGGCGCUGGACAGGAGGAACUAUAGACAGCUUGUGGAUACUACUGUUGAGAUAGCAAAUAAGGUAGGCGUUGCAGAUAUUGUUGGAAGAAUUGUUGAGGAUCUUAAAGAUGAGAGUGAGCCAUAUAGGCGGAUGGUGAUGGAAACCAUCGAGAAAGUGGUUGCUAACCUGGGAGCUUCAGAUAUUGAUGCACGGUUAGAGGAGCUUCUUAUUGAUGGGAUUCUUUAUGCCUUCCAAGAGCAGACCAGUGAUGAUGCUAAUGUUAUGCUUAAUGGAUUUGGUGCUGUGGUGAAUUCCCUUGGCCAGAGGGUGAAACCUUACCUGCCUCAGAUCUGUGGUACCAUAAAAUGGCGCCUGAAUAACAAGAGCGCAAAAGUUAGGCAGCAGGCAGCGGAUCUUAUAUCAAGGAUUGCAGUUGUGAUGAAGCAGUGCCAAGAAGAACAGCUAAUGGGUCACUUGGGUGUUGUCUUGUAUGAGUACUUGGGAGAAGAGUAUCCUGAAGUCUUGGGGUCUAUCUUGGGUGCAUUGAAGGCUAUUGUCAAUGUAAUUGGUAUGACAAAGAUGACUCCCCCUAUCAAAGACCUACUUCCUCGCCUAACACCCAUCCUAAAGAACAGGCAUGAAAAGGUUCAGGAGAAUUGUAUCGAUCUUGUUGGAAGGAUCGCUGAUCGUGGUGCUGAGUUUGUCCCUGCUAGAGAGUGGAUGAGGAUUUGCUUUGAGCUUCUUGAGAUGUUGAAGGCUCAUAAGAAGGGUAUCCGGAGAGCAACUGUGAAUACUUUUGGGUAUAUUGCAAAAGCUAUUGGGCCACAAGAUGUCCUGGCGACAUUGUUAAAUAAUCUCAAGGUACAGGAGAGACAGAACCGUGUCUGCACCACUGUCGCCAUUGCCAUUGUUGCAGAAACUUGCUCUCCUUUCACAGUUCUGCCUGCUCUUAUGAAUGAAUACCGUGUUCCCGAGCUGAAUGUACAGAAUGGUGUCUUGAAGUCCCUAUCUUUUCUCUUUGAGUAUAUAGGAGAAAUGGGGAAGGACUAUAUAUAUGCUGUCACACCUUUGCUAGAGGAUGCUUUGAUGGAUAGGGAUUUGGUUCACCGGCAGACUGCUGCUUCUGCGGUCAAGCACAUGGCUUUGGGGGUUGCUGGCUUGGGCUGCGAAGAUGCUUUGGUCCAUUUGCUCAACUAUGUAUGGCCAAACAUCUUUGAGACAUCGCCUCAUGUUAUAAAUGCUGUUAUGGAAGCAAUUGAAGGGAUGAGGGUGGCAUUGGGUGCAGCUGUUGUCCUGAAUUAUUGCCUUCAGGGUCUGUUCCACCCUGCUAGGAAGGUUAGAGAGGUGUAUUGGAAGAUCUACAACUCAUUGUACAUUGGAGCACAAGAUGCGCUUGUUGCUGCAUAUCCUAUUUUGGAGGAUGAGUCAGAAAAUGUUUUCAGCCGUCCUGAGUUGAUGAUGUUCGUGUGAUGCAGGAUUUUUGAUGCUGACCUCUGUGGCACAGAACUCAUUUUGCUGGACUUGUUUCAUGCUGAGGGCUUUCUGUUUUUUAAUAUUUAUUUAUUUCUGGCAAAAUGACAAUUAAUUUGUAUGUUACUGAUCGAGGCAUCAUAUUUCAUUUGCUCGGCAGGUUCUUAAAAGGAGUAGACAAACUAAUGGCGGGUUUAUCAUCUUUAUGGGCAAAUGAUCUUGUGGCAGCACCAUCAUCGUGUCAUAUGUCACAGUAGGGCUAUUGGUUUUGUUCCAUACCAUAUAAAAGUUGUCUACUCUACAUACUCUGUUUAAUGUGUUGUUAUUAAGACUGACUUUGCUUCCUUUCAAGUCUAUCUGGUUCUAGGAUAAAAGUCAUCUGCAACAAUGAAAAACCUUUAUAUGGAUAGCUGAGUUUGUUGGAGUAUUCAUUGUGAUAAUUUAGUAGUUUCUAUAGUUCAUUUAUUUAUCAAGAUUCUGAUUUCCUGUCUCAUUUGCAGGUCACAUGCAGAGGUAUAGACCCUUUUUGGUAUGAUCUCAUUUUAUCAAAUUUAUCAUCAUCAUCAUCAUUAUUUUUUUGUGCUUCUGUUUAUUGAUGAAACACUCUGACUUGGGUAUUAGCACUUUUGGUGUGCCGACUUUAUUUAUUCCAAGACUAUUUUUUUUCUC